AUGGUUAGUUUUUUCUUCGAAAUACUUUUUCAAAAAAAAAAACAAAUAAAAAUUCUUCCAGAUUUCCGAUGAAAAUAUAUUAUUAAUCGAGGAUCUUUCAAAUGGCGCUGAAAGAUUUUCAGUUCCAGUGAUUUGCACUGUUCCCAAAAUGGAUACAUCAGUUUUUCGGGAUUUCAAAUACGCGCCACGGUUGAUUGAUGUUUCGGGACACUUGAAAAAUCGACCGGUUUCCAAGAAAAUCUAUUCGUGUCGAUGUUAUGGAUCUUGUGAUGUUAAUUGUCAAUGUGCUUCUGGAAUUUAUACUAAAAGUGAGUUUCGAGUUUUGAAUUAGACCUAGGAGAAGGCUUCAGAGAGCUACAAUAGGCUUCAGAAGGCUCUAGAAGACUUCAGAAGGCUUCGGGAGACUUCAGAAAAUUUUAGAAAACUUCAGAAGAUUUUAGAAGGCUUCAAAAGGCUUCGGAAAGCUUCAGAAAAAUUUUGAAAACUUCAGAAGGCUUCAGAAAUCUUUAUAAAAUUUUAGAAAACUUCAGAAAACUUCAGAAGGCUUCAGAAGGUUUUAGAAGGCUUCGGGAGACUUCAGAAGGCUUCAGAAGGCUUCAGAAGGCUUCAAAGAGCUUCAGAAGGCUUUAGAAGACUUUAGAAAACUUCAGAAAGCUUCAGAAGGCUUUAGAAAAUUUCAGAGUACUUCAGAAGGCUAUAUAAGGCUUCGGGAGACUUCAGAAAGCUUUAGAAAGUUUCAGAAGGAUUCAGAAGGCUUCAUAAAUCUUUAUAAGGUUUCAGAAGGCAUCAAAGGGCUCCAGGAGGCUUUAGAAGGCUUCAGAAGCCUGCAAAAGGCUCCAGAAAAUUCUAAAAUUCUUCAAAACGCUUCAGAAGGUUUCGGGAGACUUCAGCAAGCAUCAGAAAAGCUUCAGAAAGCUUCAGAAGGCUUCAAAGGGCUUCAGGAGGCUUUAGAAGGCUCCAGAAGCCUGCAGAAGGCUCCAGAAAAUUCUAGAAAUCUUCAAAACGCUUCAGAAGGCUUCAGGAUUUCUGAAUUCAUCCUGAAAUUCCCCCAAUAUUUCCAGCCGGCGUCGUAAACAACAUGGAUCAUCUGAUGUGUGAUAUUGUUCAAGAAUGCAACGAUUAUUGUGAAUGUGCCCUCUGGUGCGGCAAUCGAAUCGCACAAAAAGGUUCGAAUAUAUCGAUGGAGAUAUUCGCGCGAGAUUUGAAAUGUGGUUGGGGUGUGAGAGCGAAGAUGAAUAUUCCGAAAGGUGUUUAUAUUGGUGAAUAUACUGGGGAGUUGAUUGAUGAUGAUGAAGCUGCAAUGAGAAGUGACACCACUUUUUUGUUUGAGACUAGGAUUGUGAGUUACUAAAAAAUUUUCAAUAAAGUUCCGGCGUUGUGCGUGGUCUAGACUCACAAAAUUAUCUAGCCGACUUCCUCUAUCUUACUUUUUUAGGGCGAGCAAACUUAUACAAUUGAUGCAAAAUACUGUGGAAACUAUACUCGCUUCAUAAAUCACAGUUGUAAUCCGAAUGUAAAAGUUGCAAAUGUGAGCUGGGAUCAAUCGGAAAAUCAACUAAUUCACAUGUGUUUUUACACUGAUCGAAUAAUUAUGAAGAAUGAAGAAAUAACAAUUGAUUAUGGUGAUUCUUGGUGGGCUGCCAAGGUAAAAUAAUUUUUUUUUGUUCAAAAUAUGAAUUUAAAUUUUUUGGUUUUCAGAAAUUCGCGUGUUUGUGUGGUUCAUCAAAGUGCAAAUAUCAAUGA